CUAUUUAUUUUUACCAGCAAUACAUUGUUUACUUUUGUGCUCCUAGUCGUCCAUACUUUUCGGGAAGUGAAACCAUUCCCUUAUCUCUGGGCCCUGCCUUAUCCCGGCAGGUGGAGGCCGGGGCAGGUGUCCAUCCCAGCUCCUGGGUCCCUGGAGCCCCGCCUCUGCCCCUCCCUCCCCACACACCCAGAAGAGGCAGCUGGCCCUGGGGUGACCUUUGUCAAGGCUGAGCGGGAGGGGGGGGGUCUCCUGCAGUGUCCCUCCCCCCCCGGCUGUGCCUCUGGGGGGGUUGAGGCUGGGAGGGUGCGGCUGCCCCCAGCCCCACAGUCUCACCUGGGCCUGGAGGGGAGGCUGGGCUCUGACUCACCCCUGGGCUCCCCCCAGGGCCUGUGCAUCUGGACCGGAGCCAGGACAGCUGCACCCAAGGCCACCGUCAGGAACCUGACUGUGAAGCAUCAGACCAGCAGCUCCAUCACCCUGCGCUGGGAGCCCCCGGAAGACCCCACCCUGCAGAACUACACCUACUGGGUCAGGUGCAGCGGAGACGGUGGCAAAGAUGAGACCCAAAAAACAACAGACGUCACUUACACGGCGGAGGGACUCAAACCCGCGUCCCGCUAUGAGUUUUCCGUGUGGUGGGAGGGAGGUGGCGCCAACAGCUCUGAGGCGACCCUCAGUGCCAGCACAGCCCCCAACCCCGUCAGGGACCUGACCGUGGAGAGUCAGACCAACAUCUCCAUCACCCUGCGCUGGGAGGCCCCAGACCCCCAAAGCUACACCUACUGGGUCCAGUACACGGGAGACGAUGGCAAGAACAAGACAGAGAACACGACAGACGUCACGUACACGGUGCAGGGACUCACCCCGGCAACCUCCUACCUGUUCUCCGUGUGGGCGGAGAAGCACGGAGUCCCCAGUUCCGUGCAGACCCAGGAGGGCUCCACAGCCCCCAAACCCUUCAGGGACCUGAUCGUGGAGAGUCAGACCACCAGCUCCAUCACCCUGAGCUGGACAGCUCCCCAGGGCCCGGAUCACCCUCCCUACACCUACUGGGUCUCCUGGACCAUGGAGGGUGGAGUUGCCACGGGGACCCAGAACACCUCGGAUACCAGGGUCACAGUGGACGCAAUGCAAGCUGGGACCCUGUACACCUUCAUCGUGUGGGCGGAGAGGAACGGGGUCAGCAGCAGCAGCGAGACCCGCACGGGGGCCACAGCCCCCAACCCCGCCAGCAACCUGACCGUGGAGAGUCAGACCACCAGCUCCAUCAGCCUGCGCUGGGGGCCGCCCCACGGCCCUGACCAGAACUACACCUACUGGGUCUUGUGGACGGAUGGCCGUGGCGAAACUGGGAACCAAAGCACAACAAACACCAGCGUCACAGUGGACGGACUGAAACCCGGGUCUGCCUAUGAGCUCGCCGUGUGGGUGGAGAACAGAAACAUCAGCAGCUCCCGGACCCCUCUCCGCGCAGCCACAGUCCCCAAUGCAGUGACAAGUCUCGGGGUCCAGGACCGGACCACCAGCUCCAUCACCCUGAGCUGGACAGCUCCCGAAGGCCCGGAUCACCCUCCCUACACCUACUGGGUCUCCUGGACCAUGGAGGGCGGGGUUGCCACGGGAACCCAGAACACCUCGGAUACCAGGGUCACAGUGGACGCAGUGGAAGCUGGGACCCUGUACACCUUCAUCGUGUGGGCGGAGAGGAACGGGGUCAACAGCAGCAACGCGACCUGCACGGGGGCCACAGUCCCCAAUGCAGUGACAAAUCUCGGGGUCCAGUACCGGACCACCAGCUCCAUCACCCUCAACUGGACAGCUCCCCAAGGCCCGGAUCACCCUCCCUACACCUACUGGGUCUCCUGGACCAUGGAGGGCGGGGUUGCCACGGGGACCCAGAACACCUCGGAUACCAGGGUCACAGUGGACGCAAUGCAAGCUGGGACCCUGUACACCUUCAUCGUGUGGGCGGAGAGGAACGGGGUCAGCAGCAGCAACGCGACCUGCACGGGGGCCACAGUCCCCAAUGCAGUGACAAAUCUCGGGGUCCAGGACCAGACCACCAGCUCCAUCACCCUGAGCUGGACAGCUCCCCAGGGCCCGGAUCACCCUCCCUACACCUACUGGGUCUCCUGGACCAUGGAGGGCGGGGCUGCAACGGGAACCCAGAACACCUCGGAUACCAGGGUCACAGUGGACGCAAUGCAAGCUGGGACCCUGUACACCUUCAUCGUGUGGGCGGAGAGGAACGGGGUCAGCAGCAGCAAUGAGACCCGCACGGGGGCCACAGUCCCCAAUGCAGUGACAAGUCUCGGGGUCCAGGACCAGACCACCAGCUCCAUCACCCUGAGCUGGACAGCUCCCAAGGGCCCGGAUCACCCUCCCUACACCUACUGGGCCUCCUGGACCGUGGAGGGCGGGGCUGCCACGGGAACCCAGAACACCUCGGAUACCAGGGUCACAGUGGACGCAAUGCAAGCUGGGACCCUGUACACCUUCAUCGUGUGGGCGGAGAGGAACGGGGUCAACAGCAGCAACGCGACCUGCACGGGGGCCACAGCUCCCAACGAGGUCACAGCUCUGCAGAAGGAAACUCAGACCAACAACUCGAUCGCCCUGCGGUGGGAGGCCCCAGCAGACCCCCGCUCUCAGCUCUACAUAUACUGUGUCCAGUGGGCCGGUGGGGGAGCUUCCCAGGGGGAAGGAGACCCCCAAGGACACCAGGUCGACCAGAUAGCCAGGACCAAAGAGACUUGGUAUGUGGUGAAGGGCCUGGAACCCGGGACUCCAUACAACUUCAGCGUGUGGGCGGAGAGGAGCAACGUAGCUGGUUCCAUACAGAGCCUCCGCGCAUCCACAUACCCGGACCCGGUCACCAUCAUCUCCUGCACCAGCAUCUCUAGUGGCUAUGGGGUGUCCCUGACCUGGACCUGCCCCCUGGGCGGCUAUGAGGCCUUUGAGCUGCAGGUGGGCUGGCAGCAGGUCUCCCGGGACAACGCCUCCUGCGGGAGGGACGUGUUCGUGUCAGACCUCCAGCCGGCUCAGUCCUACGCAGCCACGGUCAGGACCAUCUGGGACGGACUGAGGGCCCCAGCUGCCUCCGUGACCUGCCACACGGAGAGUGCAGGGGUCAUCGCCGGGGCCAUUGUCGGGGUCCUGCUGUUCCUCACCCUGGUGGGCCUGCUGAUCUUCUUCCUGAGGAGGUAUAAAAAGAGCCUGAAGGAGCCAGCACUCAGCUUCCCAAAGGAUAUCCCUGCAGCUGACUUUGCUGACCACGUCCGCAAAAAUGAGAAGGACAGCAACUGCGGCUUUGCUGAGGAGUACCAGCACCUGGCCAUGGAGGGCCACGGCCAGUCUCAGACGGUGGCCUCGGCUCCAGAAAACAGCGCCAAGAACCGCUACCGGAACGUGCUGCCCUACGACUGGUCCCGCGUGCCUCUGCGGUCCCUCGGAGGGGCCCCGGGGUCUGACUACAUCAACGCCAGCUUCAUGCCCGGUCUCUGGAGCCCCCGGGAGUUCAUUGCGACCCAGGGCCCCCUGCCCCAGACGGUGGGCGACUUCUGGCGCCUGGUGUGGGAGCAGCAAAGCCACACCCUCGUCAUGCUGACCAACUGUGUGGAGUUGGGCCGGGUGAAGUGUGAGCAUUACUGGCCUCUGGACGCCCAGCCCUGCACCCACGGGCACCUGCAGGUGACCCUGGAGGGGGAGAAGGUGAUGGAGAACUGGACAGUCCGAGACCUGAAGCUGCGACAUACGCAGGAGCAGAAGACUCUGUCGGUGCGACAGUUCCACUACGUGGCCUGGCCGGACCAUGGCGUCCCCCACUCCCCGGACCCCUUGCUGGCCUUCUGGAAGGUGCUCAGGCAGUGGCUGGACAAGACCCCGGAGGGAGGCCCCCCCAUCGUGCACUGCAGCGCCGGCGUGGGCCGCACGGGCACCCUCAUCGCCCUGGACGUCCUGCUGCGCCAGCUGGAGUGCGAGGGGGUGGUGGGGCCCUUCAGCUUCGUGAAGAAGAUGCGGGAGAGUCGGCCCCUGAUGGUGCAGACCGAGGCCCAGUACGUCUUCCUGCACCAGUGCCUCCUCCGGUUUCUGCAGCAGUCGGCCCCGCCGCCCACCCAGAAGAACGAGGCCGUAUAUGAGAACCUGGUCUUCGAGAACGAUGAAGCCGUCAAUGUUUAGGGGAAGCUGAGCUUCAGGGCCUGGAGACCCUAGCCCAGCCAGACUCACACUCAGGAUCCAGACUUCCGUCCAGAUUCCUGGACCCCUGGGACAGCAAGGGGCUGGGGUCCCAGACUCCUGGGCCUGGAGGAGGGGGGGCUGGCAGCCCUGGGGGAGAGAGGUCCGGUGGGAGCCAGGAUCCUGGUUCCAUGAAGGAGGAGAGGCCAGGGGGCUAGGAUGUCCUAGUUCUCCGUGGGAGGAGGAGACCAGGGCCCCCUUGGGCUGCAGGGUCUCCCAGAAACAAGCUGGAUUCUGAGGAAGGAAGGAAGGGAUGAGGGUCCCGGGUUCAGGUUCUGGCCACCCAAGGAGUAAGGUAGGCAGGAUCCCACUUUUCACUCCAGAAACCAAAUCUCCUAAGACCUCAGGUUCCCAGCACCCAUUCCCUGUACAUAUUUUCCGCCUCCAUCCCAUAACUUAUUAAAUCACUAUUCUCUG